GUCGUCUAUACUAUGAGGAUGUAAACAAACUCCAGCUGACUGUUUGACACGACAGCGGGUGGUUGCUCUACGCUACACUCCCAUAUUUAUUACUCUAGUUUCUGCUUCAUACAGCGCCAAGAGACUUGACCCAAUAGUAUAAUCAUCACAAGAUAAACGUAGAAUUAAGUGAAUUGGUUGAAAGUUUCAAUGAUAAGUUUCUUCUUCAACAGAUGAUUGUAUAUGCAUGCUUAGCGCGGUUAGCAGAUGGAACUCCUCUCUCUGCAACUACAGAUUUUGCCAGUGAUGCUGACCAACGUGUGAGAGAAGGGAAGAGAUGUGUCAAAUUACUGAGCAAACAGCUGGCCAAGUUUGGCAAACGUGUGUGUUUGCAGGCUGAGGAGAUCACCAUCCAGUGUGUAGUGGAUGAUUGCACCGCUUAUAUGGUUGUGUGUGAACCCAAUUAUCCACACAUUCUUGCCUUCAGCUUCCUUGAUGAGCUGAUGAAGGAGUUUAAUAUCCUCUACACUGCCUCUGUUGUUAAGUCUGUAAGAAGACCCUAUGCAUUUAUUGAAUUUGACACUUUUCUUCAAAAGACAAGGCAGAAAUAUAGCAGUACUCGAGCCCUCGCUUCCAGGUUAAACUUGGCAGAAAUGACAACAGACCUUAACCUUCACCCACCAUCUUAUGUCAAAAUGCAACAAUUGGAGCCACCACCACCACCACCGCCACCGCUACUUGCAGCACCUAAUCUGCCUGCCAGCUCUACUUCACAUACUUCAAAAGCUGUCAGUAUAUCAAAUGGUGUCAUUGCAAAUGGGUUCAUCAACAAGGAUGUUUCAAUGGUGGGCGUUGCAUUAAAGCUGAAGCCAGUUCCAUGGUAUGGUUGGAUGGGCAUUGUCCUUUCUACACUGUGCAUUUUUGUCGACAUAUACAGAGGAGCAGUAGCCAUCAGUAUGUCUAGUCUAGAGGAGCUUGACGGUCCCUCACCUUGGCAUGGCAUAUUUUUUUUGACCGAGAUGAUCCUGCAAAUGACGCAGGUCUACAUGUUACGGAAAUACAACAAGUUUAGAAAACUAUGGACUCUAGGAUGUGCUGUGUUUGUUCUAAUUCUCAAUGGCUCCCUUCUUGAUGUACGGGAAGGGUGGAUAUGUCUCAUUUAUAUCACAGUCUCUUUCUCACUCAUGCUCGCCACUUUCCGCAGGCCUUUCGAAAGAAAGUUACCUAGAUUUCACGUAUAAUUUUGUAGUUGUUUUAGAAAACAAAGUAUUCUUAAUUGAUAAAAUGUUUAGGACCUAUUUUUGUGAGUAAGAUGAUUUUCCUUAAGGGAAGGGAAAUUUCAGCAUAAGCUGAAAUUUUCAAGCCAGACUCAUUUUCAGAGGUACAGUACAUAUUGUUUCUGUAAAAUAUAUUGGAAAUUUUAUUUUAUUCAUAAAGUGUAACAAAUAAAUUGAUAUGAAGGCCUGUAACUCAGAUGAAUGAGAAACACAUUAAAAAACUGAUAGCUACAGUCAAGAAUAUUGGAUGAUUACAUGACGAGUGAUUGGAUGGUUUAACACAGAAAAUGCUGAAUGUAGAAUUGCUUAUUAUUACAGUAUUGCUGAAUUGGGGUAAUUUAUGGCUUUAAAAUUUUGUAUGCAAGUGUGUGUAGUUUAUGCUAAGUAACAAAAAUAUUUUGAAAUAUUGAAGAUUAUCAAAUUAUUGUACCAAGAACGAAGAGAGGAGAGUAAAGCCAAGGAAGCUAUCAUGGAGAGGAUCGUGUUGAUAUUAAGCACACAGACCAGCCAGUGGAGUGGAGGGUGUAGACCAGCCAGUGGAGUGGUGUACCAACCAGUGGUGCUGGGAGUGUAACCAAUAGAGGCCAGCCAGUGGUGUUGGGGGCAUAGACCAGCCAGUGGUGUUGGUGAUAUAACCACAGAGCAGAGUCAGGUGUGGGAGAAAGGACAUGUCUGCUGCAUCCUGCACAGUGCUGGCACAGUCAAUCACCAAUGCCAUCUUUUGUGCUUCCUCAUUUCUAAGUGAUGUUGCGGUUCAUGUGUUUAAUGAGGUCAAGAAUCUUGCUGAUAACUGAGGAUGGGCCACACAUAUCUGCCAUUUGGUAAGCAUGUUGUAAAGUGUUUCUCAAAAAUAUAAAAACAAACAUUUUUGUAAGGAAAAUGUUUUAUUUUAUUUUUUUAAAUGUGGAGAGUGAUGUUCUUAAUUUGUAUGCAGAACUUUCCGAAAAUCCAUUUAUUGUAGCAUGGGAAAGUAAAUAUCAGUACAGUAUAUUGAUAAAGUAAAUAUGUACCUUUUCCAUCUGCUUUACUCUUAAUUCUUCUUCAGUCUUCCUGUAAUUCUGAAAUUUCAUAAACAUUAUAUAAAUAUAAUCAUAUAAACAUUAUUAAAUCUGCUUCAACAUUUGUUUAUAUUAUUUUUUUCAUGUGGUAAGCUUUUAACUGUAUUCUGCAGUUUUGGUAUGUACAGUACGCUGUAUCUCUGUAUUUGUGUCAUACAGUCUUCUGUACAGUACGCUGUAUCUCUGUAUUUGUGUCAUACAGUCUUCAUUCUGUGAACCAUAACUUACAUUUCAGAAAAGCUGGCAUAAGAUUUUUUGUUUUUCAAACAUUCUGGUCACAUUUUAUUUCUUGACAGCUUAAUGCCAGAGCCCCAAGAAAAAUACUCAAGGCACUAUUUAAAUUUUAGUCUUGUUACUGAGAUAGGUAGGGAAGGGUGGUGAGGUUUCAGACGAAGGGAGGUAGCAGAGUUUGUCCAUUCUGAAAAAUCUAUGCGUCCCACAACCUCCAGAUUGAGUCACGAUUUGUGUGUUGUGAUGAUGUCAUAGCCCACCUCUUAUUUUUUAUUUAUUUUUUGUGCACGCUAGCUCAUAGAAUAACUUUCUGUGGGGAGGCCCGUCACAUCCCUGAAGCUACCUGUACUGAUUAAGUACCAUACUACUUAGUCAUCAGUCAUAGUUCUUGUAUGGCUACCGGGGACCACGAGCCAGAACUUGGCCCCCUCAGAGAGGUGCAGGGAGUAAUGUUACACUUUACGUUUAAACGGUGUCAUUUGGCCAUUGACAAUGGAAGCACACAGAAAGGUAGGCGAAUCAAAACAGGCUACUGCCUGGUUGAAAAAUGAAACCCUCCUUCAUUUGGGGGCAGGAGCCGGGCUGCCACCAGCCAGUAUUUGAAUGAGAAAAUCCGUAGGAGCGGUGAUGAGGAUUCAGGCCUGAUUGUCUGGGGUGUGUGCAUUGGAACACCCACUGCAUAGGUUUGAAUCCUCAUCACGGCUCCUAUGGAUUUUCUCAUUGAUGCUGUCACGUUAGUGUAAUUACUCUGUGUAUUGAAAGAGGAGCAUCAGGAGUAUAAACAUGAAGAGACCUUCUGUGCCCACUUCUGGCACAGAAGUGAGAGCCUUCAUUACUUAAACCAAUUGAAGAGGUAAAGAAACCACUCAGAAGCAUAGGAAAACUGGUUACCUGUUUGGGUUUGGGUUAGAAUCCGUUGGCUGCGACUGAUGCCCCAAAGCAACACAAGGCCACAGAGGGCCUUGGCAGCUAAGACCCUGUUAGACCUCCAAAACCAGUUUGUCCGAAUAUCAUUCCAAGACAUGUUCACAAACACAGAUGACAGAGUGGCAUACUCCCAAACAUCAUGGACACAAGGGUAGACCACCAGCUGUUUAGACUUGAUGACACUGUGGACAACCUGAGAGAGAUGAGCCCUGGAACAGGGAACUAGGGAAACCGGAUCAACCCCACAACACAUCCACUGAGACAGAACCGGCGAACCUCCCCUAACCCGACCACCAGAGGCCAAAGCGAACAAAAACAAGGUUUUCCAAAAACAAUCUCGAACUGAAGAAGCCACCACAAACCAAGAGGAAGAAAGAAAGAAAAGAAAGAACCCAGUCCAAAGACCAAGCAGGUUCAGGUGGCGCAUGAGCAGGCCGAAGGUGAAAAAGCACACGAGAAAGCUUGCGGGAUAGAGCGGAAGUAACAUCCACCACAAACACAAACUGAAGUGUCUGUGUAAACCUCAAGUGAGGGAAAGGAAAGGCGCCAUUGCACCAAACCCCGAAAAACCCGAAUAGAUAACUAAUUUUCCUAUGCUUCCGAGUGGUUUCUUUACCCCUUCAAGUGGUUUAAGUAAUGAAGACUCACAUCUGAGCCAGAAGUGGACUGCAUUGUUUACAAUUUUCCAAGAUUCAAUCAGUCAAUCCUAGAGUUUGACAGGUAUUCCUGCUGCCCUAGUCUUUUGCCUCUUG